AUGCAAAAUGGAUCCCCUGGUCCAGUCACAAGGUGGCCACUGUGGAUACCGUUUCUCAUCAAGUUGAAUCUUGAUUUCUUUAGGCCAUCAAAGAAUGGAUUUGAGCCGUCGGAUGUCCCAUAUGGCUCGUUCGAAGCAUUGAAACAGUAUUGUGCCUCAAGGGUGUGCUGUUGCUUCUUAAAUUCUUGCAUAAAUUCUGUUGUGAUGGGUAUAGUGUCUGUUGCGUCCAGUGGGAUAAGAGUAACUGCGAAAGGGUCACUAAAGAAGUUGUACUCUGCAUUAGGAGCCGUAUUGUCACCUGUGUACACAUUACCAGUAGGGCAUGAUGAGAUAGAGUUAGAAGGACAAUUGACAUGCCUGGGUCCCACGCCACCACCCAUGAGACAUCAGGUAUUCCGUGUAAUUAAACAGUUCUUUCACGCAGCCUUCACUAUGAACACAUCUCCUUCUAUGGAUUCUUAG